UCGUGCUUUCAGGAGGGGGACUGAGAGAGCAGUAGCGGUUGUGUUGGAGCUCAGCUGCCCAGCUGCGUAAAACCACCACAAGGACAACACAAAUGCCAUAUCUGUGGCCCUUCCCCACCUGCUCCUUCUGCCCCCGUCACUUGCGUCAGAACAAACUCGGCUCCUUCAGCUUCUCCUGUAUCAGGAAUGAGCUUUCAGUGGACAAAAUGAAAAAGAAGAAAAGAAGAGAACUGACUGAGGAACAGAAACAAGAAAUUAAAGAUGCCUUUGAGUUGUUUGAUACAGACAAAGAUAGAGCAAUAAAUUACCACGAAUUGAAGGUGGCAAUGAGAGCCUUGGGUUUUGAUGUGAAAAAAGCUGAUGUACUGAAAAUACUUAAAGAUUAUGAUCGAGAAGCAACAGGCAAGAUCACUUUUGAAGAUUUUAAUGAAGUUGUGACAGACUGGAUAUUGGACAGAGAUCCACAAGAAGAAAUACUCAAGGCAUUCAAAUUGUUUGAUGAUGAUGACUCUGGUAAAAUAAGUCUGAGAAACCUGCGUCGGGUUGCUAGAGAACUGGGUGAAAAUAUGUCCGAUGAAGAACUACGGGCUAUGAUCGAAGAAUUUGAUAAAGACGGAGAUGGAGAAAAAACCUUAACACAUGGAUUUUGGGAGCCACUCACUUCAGACAGUCAACACAGAUGCUGCAUUUCCAAGAAUCAUGGAAACCUGCUUCUGAGUCAAUCAAGAAGAGUUCAUUGCUAUUAUGACUGGAGACAUUUAACAUCAGAAAAGAAGAAAUGAAUUCAUCGCAAAAGGGAGGAAUUAGUGACAUCUGCCAUUCCAAUAUUUUGUACUUUGUUUCUGUAGAGUCAUGUAGAAGAUUACUUUCCUCACAGAUCAAAAUAACACAGGUUUUAUAAACUGAUACUUCGGUACUUUGUGUCAUUAAAUAUUGUCACUUAAAUAGUUGAUAUAGCAUAUUAGAAGAAGUAAAGCUACAUUUCAGAAUGUUUGAGUACUCAUUUGUAAAAUAGCUUUGGAUAAGGUUUCUAAAUUAUAUCGUAUUAUAAGAGACUUUUGAAGUUGACUUUGUGUUAUGAUUAGCUAUGGCCUUAGUUUUGAUACAUAAGGUUUGACAAGCUUCCAUUUUAAUAAAAUAUUCUUUACUAUUGCUA